AUCUUUUUUUUUGAUCUGCUCGUGCUUUCUUUUCUUCUUUCGGCUCCAGUUCUUCUUUGCCUAUAAGACUGCUUCCUAGAGAAAGUAGCAAUGGCCGACAGACUCAACGAAGCGCGUGCCCUGAGGGUGGCUGAGAUUCUCAAUGACUAUCGUACACUUUUAGUACACAUUUCCCAACAAGAUGUCCCGGUACCCGCAGAGGACUGCUGGGAGCAAGGAUAUGUGGUGAUCAGAGAGAGUCUGGCGGCUGCGCAAGCCCUAAUGGCAUCGAACUAUACCCCUUCUAUUCCACCGGCUGGAGGCAGCGAUGCGGAAACCGAGAAAGCCGAACUUCAGAGGGUCAUACUCGAUGGAAGCGCUCGUCGAUUUCGAGCACACAAGAUUUACCUCCGCGCCGCAGCCGGAAGAAGAUGGUCUAUCAACCGACAAAACAUCCUACGAGGGCAAAGGCCUGACCAAAGACAUGCUUCCCAAUUGAAGCUCAUAGACGAGGCAUUCCGACAGGAGCUCGCUCAAGUGACAGAUCAACACGUUGUGGCUGAUCUCCGGGCAGCCGAUAUGCGUGCAGGCCAUUGGCUCAACGACGAUCCAUCUUUGCCGGCAAUCCUUAAUUGGAUCCGAUCCCACCCAUGAAGCGAUCCCCUAAUUACGGCAAUUACUGAUCUGAUGGCAUUGCCUUUGAUUAAGCGCAGGUCGCUUAAUAUGCGCCUAGAAAGAGACACCCGUCCUUCUACACAAAGGACCUCUCCUUCUCCUCUUAUUGGGACAUAUUUUUACUUUGAUGCUGAUGACGGUCAUGAUAUCCCCACGAGUGAUUGCGUAUUGCUAGACGUUUGAGACAGCCGAGCCCCUCCCUUUGUUUUCUUUUCUCUUUGCUCUCUUUCUAUUUCAGGGGUUCUAUGGAUCUCCCAUUUCGGGCUAUGAGUUCAACCACAUUCUGUACCAGUCAGAGAAGGGAACGGGAUUCCCCAUUAAUUUCGGCCGAUAGAUCAAUUUGGCUCUGGUUAGCUGAAAUUCAAGAAAAGCAUGAAUGAUAAAAUAAUAGAAAGGAUUUACAAUAUUUUACUAUAGA